AUGUUCAAUCGACAAAAACUUUAUAUUGGACUGGGUAUAUCAGCCUGUGUGGGUUCCAUUACAGUUCUUUACUUUUGGUACCGUUAUUACCGACAAACAUCAUCAUCAAAAAUAAAUCGUUGUCCUAGUCCGACAUCAAUUCUUCCAUCGUUAAGAUCAAAUCACGAUCAUGAAUUUAUCGAUAUAAAUUCAUCAUCUGAAUUAGAUAAUGAUGAUUCAGACUCAAUCCAAAUUUUAAAUGAAAUACAAAUUCCUGAUGGUAGUGUUCCUUUGACACCUGAUCAAGCUUCUAUACUUACUCAUUUUCUUUAUGAAAGUCAUAAUUGUGAAGAACAAUUACAUCUUGUUUUAACAAGUAUUGCAAAUGCAUCAACAUUUAAAGAAAGUCAAAUAAAUUUAGCAAAUGCUGGAUGUAUUAUACGUCUUCGUGAUUUACUUUUAUCAACAGAUAAUGAAACAACAAAAUGUAAAAUACUUUUAGCACUGAAUAAUCUUGCUUUAAAUGAUUUUGCUAUAACUCAAUUUUCGAAUAUUGUUACUAUAGUGAUCAAUUUAUGUUGUAUAAGUCCGGCGAAUUCAAUUAUACGUCUUCAUGGACUUAAUUUAUUGAUUAAUAUGUCUGUUCUUGAAUAUCUUCAUGAAGAAUAUAUGAAUAAUAUUCAUGUACUUGGUGUAUUAAUUGAAUCAACAAUUGAAUAUGAUGAUGAAGUAUUAUCAGCAGGAAAAAUUCUUGUUAAUUUAUCAAUUAAUAAAUUAAAUCUUGAAAAUUUACUUAAAAUAACCGGUGUUGAAUUAAAAUAUAUUUUAAAUUUAUUUACAUCAAAAACUGAUCAAUCAUCAAAAUCCGAAGAUAUUCUUCUUCGAUUUCUUACAUUCUAUUGUAAUCUAGCUGAAAUAAUAUUUCAUGAAUUAAAAGAUAAUGGAGAUAAUAAUAAUAAUAAUAAUUUAUGGUUAUUUGAUCCAAUGCCACAACGUCAAGGUGCACUUUAUUUUGAAUUUUUUGAUCAUGAUAAACAAGAUCUAGCUAAAUCUCUUCUUCGUCCACAUUAUGCAUCAUCUUCAAUCAAUAUACAAAUGAAACGCCUCUAUCAACUGAUGGAUAAAAUUCAUCAGUGUCAAAUUCAAUUAUCAGUUUCAUCUAUUGGAACUAAUAAUGAGAAAAAUUUUAUUGGUGAAUCUUUAUUAUCUAAUCAAGCAUAA